AUGCCGGCGGCAACAUCUCAGCCGCCGGUCAAGCUUUCGCUUCCUCUGCAAUUUCAGCAAGAGAUCUAUCAUCUGUUACGCGCCGAAGAUGUUCUGGUGAUUCUUGCUAGAGGUUUGGGUCUGCUCAAGAUCGUCACGAACCUUCUUCACUCCUACGAUGCUGCCGGCAACUCCCUGGUCAUUAUCGUCGGAGCCGAAGACCGUGAAAAUGAGUGGAUCGGCGAGGCUCUCGCGGAGCACUAUGCCAUCUCUCGAAGUCCGCUUGCGAAAGGUCUUCGUGUCAUCAACACUGACAAGGCAACUGUGGCGGCGCGCGAGAAAAUCUACUCUGAAGGUGGUAUCGUCUCGGUCACUAGUCGCAUACUCAUCGUCGACUUGCUAUCGAAGCUUCUUGAUCCCGAAACUGUGACCGGACUUAUUGUGCUGCAUGCCGAACGCGUCGUUGCUACAACCACCGAAGCGUUCAUUACGCGCAUCUUCCGACAACACAACAAAAUUGGCUUCCUUAAAGCUUUCAGCGACUCGCCAGAGCCACUCACCUCCUCCUACGCGCCUUUGGCAGCAAUGAUGAGAAAUCUCUUCUUGCGGAAGCCGUCCUUGUGGCCACGAUUUCACGUAUCCAUUGCACAGAGCUUGGAGGGGAAGAAGAGAGCCGAUGUGAUUGAGCUAGAGAUCCCCAUGACCGAGUCGAUGCGAGCUAUCCAGAAUGCUGUCAUGGAAUGUGUGGAGAUGAGCAUAUCUGAACUCAAGAAAGCCAACCCGGGGCUGGAAAUGGAUGACUGGACACCUGAUUCUGCUCUACACCAAAACUUUGAUGCUAUUGUCCGGAGGCAACUUGACCCAGUUUGGCAUCGAGUCAGUUGGCGUACAAAACAAAUCGCAAAUGAUCUCACGGUCCUGCGCUCGAUCUUGCACUCUCUUCUCAGUUACGAUUCUGUCUCACUUCUGAAGUAUCUGGACACUGUACACGCAACGCAUUCCCCUCCACCGGGCUCCACGAGACAUGACCAGUCGCCAUGGCUCUUUUCUGAUGCUGCGUCUACCAUCUUCCAGUCAGCAAAGAAUCGAGUAUACAACGGCAAGGCAGAAGACGCCGGAGCAUUGCCUACCUCGAAGUUGCCCGACUCACUUAGCCCAGUCUUGGAAGAGCAACCAAAAUGGGCUGUACUGGCAGAAAUCUUGCAAGAGAUUGAGGUGGACGCUUAUUUGAACCCGACCCUGCGGGACGAUUCCAACGAUACGGUCCUCAUAAUGUGCAAUGAUCAACGUGCCUGUCGCCAAGUCAAAGAAUAUCUCCAGACAAUGCACGUGAAGCCGCUACCGCAGGACAUGAAUGACGGCCAAGCUCCCCAUGAAAUCGAAGCCGAGGAAGAGAGAGGUUCCGCAGAGUUCAUGAUGAGAAGAAAACUCCGAGAAUAUCUCUGUUGGAAGAAGACUUUUGCUCAAGUCAGCGCUUCGCUAUUUGAGGAGAACCAGAAAUCUCUCAAUGACAUUAAGGGCAAUACGGCUGCAGCCCGGCUCAACAGUAAAGCACCUGCAAACAAGCGGAGACGUUUACGUGGCGGAGGUGGCGCCGGAAUGGGUCCAUCGCGCACUGCCAAUGGUGCUGUGACCGUGAUUGAAGACAAGGCCGCACAGGUUGCCAGUCUACUCGCUGAGCUACGGCCUACCGAGUCAGAGUCGCUUCAAAAGGAGGACAUUAUUGUUGACGACUUGAGAGAUGCUGGAGAAGAUUUCUUCGAGCUGUAUGAACCCGAUGAUCAGAUUGUGGUACAUCCAUAUGAUGGUGACCAGGACGACCAGCUUCUUGAAGAGAUCAGACCAAGGUACAUCAUCAUGUAUUCACCUGCUACAGACUUCAUCCGCAGAGUCGAAGUUUACAGAUCGAGUCACUCGGACAGAAGUGUACGUGCAUACUUCAUGUACUAUGGCGGUAGCAUCGAAGAGCAACGCUAUCUUUCCGCGGUCAGGCGGGAGAAGGAUGCCUUUACCAAACUGAUCAGGGAACGUGGAAGCAUGGCUGUCACGAUGACUGAUGCUGGCAACAUUGAUCCGCAGGAAGCUUUCUUGCGGACCGUUAACACCCGCAUCGCUGGUGGUGGACGUCUUGCAGCAACAGCCGCGCCUCCAACGGUUGUGGUGGAUGUUCGUGAAUUCCGAUCAGCUCUGCCUAGUUUGCUGCAUGGCCGGAGCAUGAUAACUGUCCCCUGCCAACUGACAGUCGGUGACUAUGUUUUGUCGCCUAACAUCUGUGUCGAGCGAAAAUCAAUACGCGAUCUUAUUGCUUCCUUCAAGAAUGGCCGACUAUUCAAUCAAGCAGAGACGAUGCUCCAACACUAUAAAUAUCCAUUUUUGCUGAUCGAGUUCGACGCCAACAAAUCAUUCACUCUUGACCCGUUUGCAGAUCUUACCUCCGUAUCGGCUCUGAAAAUGCCUGAUUCUGACACCAAAGAUUUGCAGUCGAAGCUGGUUCUUCUUACGCUGGCGUUUCCGAGACUGAAGGUGAUCUGGUCAUCUUCGCCUUAUCAAACGGCAGAAAUAUUUGAGGAGCUCAAAAAGCAGCAAGAAGAGCCAGAUCCUUUGAAAGCCGUACAAAUUGGUUUAGCUGAAGGUGAGGAUCCCGAUGAGAGGACCUUCAAUACAGGACCGCAAGAACUCCUCAGGACGAUUCCUGGUGUGACUGCAAAGAACGCCAGCAGGCUGUACCUCGAGACAAAGAACGUUCUCGAAGUUGCGAACAUGAGCCUUGACGAACUGGAUCCUAUGGUUGGCAGGGAAUCUGGUAGACAAAUUGUAAGAUUCUUCACGAGAAGUGUCUUUGACGACGAAGAUCAAUAG